GGCGACUUGCAAAAUGCGUAAUUUUAAAUGAAAAUUAAAAUACAACACGAAAAUUACCACAAACCACAACACAACGCUAGGGAUUUUGGGUCUCUGCUGUUUUCCCUCAAGCGUCAACGUGACUCGUGACAGACGUCAAAAAAUCAAAAUCCAGGAACAUUUUUAAUUUUUAAAUUAAACUCGCUUUUGUGACGUGCUUGUUUUUAUCUUCUAUUUAAACAGUGACUAUUGGAAUAAUUAAACCCAGUGACCGAGUUAAUUUAGUUAUCACCUAACCAAAGAUGAAUAAAAUCAGCGACGUGGUCCUAAAACCGCUCGAGAAAUCAAUCUACUUGAAGCCCCACACUAUGCAUUUUACACAAAACGGCCUAAAACGCACUUGGGACCUUUUGGAAGUGCAUGACAGUGUCGCAAUAUUACUGCACAACCCCAGGAAAGAGACUCUAAUUUUCGUCAAACAAUUCCGUCCUCCAGUGUACUUUGGAAGCAUUCCUGAAGAAGACCGCAAAGGCUCAAUUGACGUUAAUAAAUACCCGGCUGAGUUAGGCAUAACGCUGGAAAUGUGUGCCGGUCUCGUCGACAAAGACAAACCUUUGGUAGAAAUCGCAAAAGAGGAAAUUUUAGAAGAAUGCGGCUACGACGUCCCUUUAACUAGUUUGAUCAAAGUCGGGUCUUACAGAUCAGGUGUUGGUACUUUGGGGAGUUUACAAACAACGUAUUAUUGUGAAGUCACCGAUGAUAUGAGAGUGUCACAAGGGGGCGGCGUUGGGGACGAAAUAAUCGACGUUGUUGAGAUGACCGUUCCUGAAGUUAAAAAGUAUGUCGCACAAGACAAAAUUCCAAGCCCCCCGAGCUUUUUGUUUGCGGUUUAUUGGUUUUUAUUGAAUAAAGUUAAAUAGUUUCCUUGUAUUUAAUAAGUAUUAAAUGUGUUCUAUUUAUAUGAGUAAUAAAAAUCGAUUAAA